AAAAUGGAGACUUAUGCUACUAAAAUUACGGGUUUGGCACGACUUAUACGCUCAUGCAAGAAACCGAUCAUCUUCACUGGUGCUGGACUAAGCACCAAUGCUGGGAUCCCUGACUAUCGAAGUGGUAUGGAUACCACUGUGAAAACCGGGCCUGGUAUUUGGAACUAUAAGGAUGAUGAUUCCUUCUGGGAUAGAGUCUUAGAAUCACGGAAGCGCACUCUUUUAUAGCUACUCCUUCCUACUCUCAUAUGGCAAUAGCAAAGCUCAUCGAGGAAGGACUUGUUGAACAUCUUAUUAGCCAGAAUGUUGAUGGUUUACAUGUGAAAAGCAGAGUCCCGCUGAGCAAGCUCACUGAACUUCACGGAAAUGUUUUUAGCGAGAGUUGCCAAAAAUGAGGAAGUGUUUACUAUCGAAAUUUUAGGACAAGGAUCCAAGAGGAUCGAACUCAUGACACUGGAAAGACUUGUGAUAAUGCCGCUUGUGGAGGAGAUCUUCAUGACACCUUGGUUCUAUUCGGAGAAUCAAUCCCAAGAUCUAAAUUGGAGCUAUCUUUGUACAAGGCUUAUCAUUCAGAGCUAUGCGUCUGUAUUGGUUCCUCACUGCUGGUUAAGCCAGCAGUAUCUUUUCCAAUGUUGGUUAAAAAGAGAGGAAAGUUAGCUAUUUUGAACAUGGACCCAACCCCUCUUGAUAAGAUUUCUGACGUGACAAUUCAUGAUAAUUGUGAUACAAUAAUGAAGUCUCUUAUGGAUGAACUAGGAAUAACGGUUCCUGACUAUAUACAAGAAAAUCGGAUUGAUAUCUUGAAGGGUGAUGAUUCUCUUGAAGUUAUUCCACAAGAUCUAAACCAUCGAAAAAUAAAGCAUGUAGAAUUACUUAUUUACGAUGAAAAAUCAGAUAUGACAACUGAAAAAUUGCCUUAUCGAUUUAAAUUUUCAUCAGAGACAUCGCAGUGACAACUCAGGUUACAUUUCAAAACUGGCUCUAAAACACCCCUAGAGAUCGAUUUCGAAAUCUCCCAACUCUCCCAUGGCCUAAACCCCGUAAUCUGCAAAUUCACCCCCUCCCACCACCCAAAAUCUCCCUCUCCAAGGCCUUGGACAGAAAUAAAAUUCCAAUAACUCCCAAAAAUCCUUCUUCA